CAAACGAUAAGGUAAAUAAAAGAUAAAAAAUGAAAGAGAAGACGUUGUCGUUUUAAUUAGGCCGUUAUUGAUUGGACCUUUCCCUUUGCCUAUUUAUGCUUACUUGGUUUGGGUUCCGAUCAAUUAGUCCCAUCUCUCCGCCGGCUAAAAUAUGAAGAAAAGUGAAGAAGCAAAUACGGCGUCGGCGGCGGCGGUGGUGGGUAGUACUCAGCCGUGUGCGGCUUGUAAAAUUCUCCGGCGGAGAUGCCGAGAGAAUUGUGAAUUAGGGCCGUAUUUUCCUCCAAUGGAACCUCUCAAAUUCACUAUUGCCCAUAGAGUCUUUGGUGCUAGCAACAUUAUCAAGUUGCUUCAGAAUCUUCCGAAAUCGCAAAGAGCAGAUGCCGUGAACAGCAUGGUAUAUGAAGCAAGUGCAAGAAUAAGAGAUCCUAUUUAUGGAUGUGCGGGCUCAAUUUUCCAUCUCCAAAGACAAAUAAAUGACCUACAAAUAGAGUUAGCCAAGGCUCAAGCAGAGGUUCUCAGAAUGCAUUGUCAACAAGCCAAUUUGAUGACUCUAAUUUGCAAGGAAUUGGGUCAAAUGCCAGAACCACCCAUGCAUUAUCAUCAAUCACUUAAUGACCAUUACAACAUUGCUAGCCCUCAAGGUUAUUACUCCUAUUCAUACUUAUUUGAGGAGAGUAAUGUUUUGGAGCCCCUGUGGACUUGAAAUAGUAUUUAGUCUAGUUUAGAAUCAAUGGAAUAGAUUAGGCUUUGAGAUAUUACCUUCAAAAAUAUUUCGUACCCAAAUACCCUUUCAAGCUUUGAGAUGCUCCAAAUAGUGACUCAAUACUACUCUCUCGUAUAUUUGACUUUAGUAGACUCACCGGAAUUUUUUUUA